AUGGGAGAAACCUCCUCCCCUGCCCCCACAAUGCGGCAUCCGCUGGUCCUGCUGCUGCUCCUCUCUGCCCUGGUGACUCCCUCCACUGCAGCCUCUAUCCACGACGCUGAUGCCCAAGAGAGCUCCUUGGGUCUUACAGGCCUCCAGAGCCUACUCCAAGGCUUCAGCCGACUUUUCCUGAAAGAUGACCUGCUUUGGGGCAUAGACAGCUUCUCUGCCCCCAUGGAUUUCCGGGGCCUCCCUAGGAACUACUACCAAAAGGAGAACCAGGAGCACCAGCUGGGAAACAACACCCUCUCCAGCCACCUCCAGAUUGACAAGGUGGCCGACAACAAGACGGGAGAGGUGCUGAUCUCCGAGAAGGUUGUGGCAUCCAUCCAGCCGGCGGAGGGGAGCUUCCAGGGUAACUGGAAGGUACCCAGGAUGGAGGAGAAGGAGGCCCUGGUGUCCAUCCGGAAGGCCAUGGACAGCUUCCACACAGAGCUCCAUCCCCGGGUGGCCUUCUGGAUCAUGACGCUGCCACGGCGGAGGUCCCACCACAAUGUCCUGGAGGGCGGCCGCUGGCUCAGUGAGAAGCCACACCACCUGCAGGCCGUCCCGGAUGGGCUUAGUGAGGGGACCCACGAGGGCUUCCUAAAAGAGGGGACCCAGGGCUCCUCCCACUCCUGGCUGUACCCCUGAAAGACCCACUUACUGUACAUCCCGGUAGCUAUAGGGGUGGGGACCGGGAAGCAUCUGACUGUAGCCCCCAUCAGACCCCACCCGAAGCACCAUAUGGAAAUAAAGUUCUUUCUUACAUCUAAAAAAA